AUGUCCACGGGUCGCUACGUACCACCCCACUUGCGAAACCGCGGUGCCGCUCCUUCCACCUCCCCAUCCUCCACCUCCACCUCACCGCGAUCCCGCCAGACGCCGUCGUCCAACGCCCACCCCCCAUCAGGCGCCUCGAGUCCACGCGGGAAUCCGCGCUAUGCCUCGUCUAACGGGGAUCAACCGCCUGCCGGCGCUGACAUCAACCGCGCCGACCGUGCCGACUCACACAACCCAAGAGCACCGGCUCCAACAUUGCACGUCUUCGGGGACUCUUUCGCCGGCCCCUUCAAACUUCUCGACUCGGGCUCAGCGCGUGUGCGCUCGUUCAAAGGCGCAAGUGCCAAGGGGCUCAACAACCCCAGGUCAAUCAAGCAGGUCUCGAACGACUUGCUGCCUCUCCUCAACCAGUUCCUCGCGCCACCACCAUACGCUUUCAUCCCAGCAGCCGGGCGGUACGCCUUGCUGCUAUUUGGAAAUGUUGAUCUCCAAAUCAAUUACCUCUGGCAAUUGCAACACAAACCCAUUGUCCCGGCGACAUGGGACGAACACAGCGAGUACACCGAGGAGCCCAGCGCUGUUUCCACACCCGCCGAGGGCGUCCUCGCGAGGGCCACGGAAACCUCGGGGCGCGGGCCAGCUCUGGGUCCUGAGCGCUUUGUGGAUAACGUUGCUAAGGCAUACACGGCCUGGCUCGAGCGCGAGAUUGUGAACGGGCCCAUUGGGAGGAGGGCAGCCGAGGUGGCGGCCCAGAGCAACGGCGAAGCUCGGGGCAUCCGGAGACUCUCCCCCACCAAGGUGCUCGUUGGCGCUGCCCUCCCGCCCCUCGUGCAGGACGAGACUCUGCCGCGUAUACCGGAGAAGUACGUGGAGCGCUUGGAGGAGGACCAUGCCAAGAUGGAGCGCGCGCUCGAGCGCGACCUGCUGGGCGAGCGCGUGUCUCGCACCCCAUGGGCCAAGGCCAGCGCGUCGCCCAGGCUCGGGGUGGAGAAUGAAUUUGACAAGCUGUCCUUGAACGGCACCGGCGCAGCAUCGCCGAUGCCGGAAGCCCCUCCCAAGAUGUCAAUCAUGGACCUGUUGGCACACGACCCGCCUCUGUGCACGAAACCCGUGCGCAUCGAGAUGACGAAGCGCUUCAACGCGGCGCUGCGCGACUUUUGCGUCAAGCACCCCACCGUGCUCGAGUUCGUAGACAUCUCCGAGGACAUGCUCGCGGCCGACGCGGCGGAGCGCCAGAGCACGGGCGACAGCGCCCCCGCCAUACCCGGCGAAGUGGACCGGGCGGCGUGGGCGUGCCCCGUCGACCUGAGCAACAUCCAUCCGCUGUGGGAGCCGACGCUGCCGCUGUGGCUCAAGAAACUUGAGCCCAUCGGCGUGCCCACGAGCAGCUUUGCGUACGCCGCCGACGCCGAGGAGACGAUGCGCGCGUAUGAGGAAGACAAGAAGCAGCGUACGCAUAAUCGCAACCACGAGUACAGGUGGGAGGAUAUGUCGCGUAUCAAGUUGCGCGACGAGUAG